AUGGGAAUGAUGCAUCUCGCAGCGGUGGUCUCUAUUCUGGCCGUGACUGGCAUCGCGAAAGGAUGGGAGUGCAGUCCAGGAUGCAACACGGAGAAUGGGUUUUGUGAGAAGCCGGGGAAGUGCAGGUGCAAACCCGGGUGGCAAGGAGAAAACUGCGACCGUUGCGUGCCAUUCCCCGGCUGCGUGCACGGCUGGUGUGAGCGGGCCUGGCAGUGCGUGUGCAGAGAGGGCUGGGUGGGCAGCCUCUGUGACCAAGAGAUCAUGAUCUACAUCCAGUGUAACCUGAACACUAACCCGGCUUGUCCUCCCGCAGACACCCGGCUGUGCUCCUCUGGCCCCUGCUCCGCCAACGCCACGUGCAUCGAGACCGGCGAGGGAGGAUAUCUGUGCGUCUGUCCCCACGGCUACACCGGGGACUUCUGCCACCUGAGGAAAGGUCUCUGUGCGGAGGAGAGAUCUCCGUGCCAGAACGGCGGCACGUGCACCGCGGUCGACAGCUCCCCGGCCUUCUCCUCGUGCCUCUGCCCCGCCGGCUUCUCCGGAGACUACUGCGAGGUGGACGUGGACAGCUGCCAGCCCAACCCCUGCCACCAUGGGGGCACCUGCACCAACCACGGCCUGGCCUUCACCUGCCAAUGUGCAACCAACUACACCGGCUUCACCUGCAACCAAACCGCGGGUCUCUCUCCCUGCGCCGGCUUGCCCUGCGCCAACGGAGGAACUUGUUUGGGCCAAUCCGACGGCACGUUCCGCUGCGUCUGCCCCAAAUGGUUCGCCGGACCCACUUGCUCCCUCCAGCACAGACCCAGAGUGCGCGCCAAGCCGGUGGUGCCGAAACCCAUCGAUCACAGGGUUUUCUCGCUCACGCCUCAACACUACUCUCUCCCGGCUCACGCCUUCCACAAGCUGCUUCGCCCGCCGGAGAGAGACCUCCUCAAGAUCACGUUGAAGGAGAGCGUUCAUUCGCAGGGGGUCCUGGUCACGCACGGCCAGCUGGUGUGUUUCGGCAUGCUGGCCCUGCUCACCUGCCUGGUCAUCCUGGGCACUACGGGAAUCGUGUUUUUCGGGCGGUGCGAGGCGUGGCUUGCUAACGCCAAAUACAGUCAGUUGGUGCGGCAGCAGAGAGAGCACCUGCUGAAGGACGUGGGCGGCGGCGACGGCGGUGGCCAAGAGGAACCAGAGCAUUCGGUUAACAUCAUCCUCCCCGAGAAGAUCCGACUGAGCAGCUUCGGACGCCACUACACCUCCAUCUGA